ACAUCUACAUUAUCUCUUUCGCUCUAAAUCUCUAUAAAUGGCAGGAAAUGGUUCAGUAAAGCUCCUAGGAUCGUCCCCAAGUCCCUACGUGAAUCGGGUUCAGAUCGCCCUCAAUCUCAAAUCAAUUGACUAUGAAUUUCUAGAGGAGACAUUCGGCUCAAAGACCGAACUACUUCUCAAAUCAAACCCAGUUCACAAGAAAAUCCCAGUCCUGAUUCAUAACGAUAAACCCAUAUGCGAGUCCCUUAUCAUAGUACAAUACAUCGACGAACAAUGGUCAUCCGCCCCGACCAUCCUCCCAACCGACCCAUAUGAUCGCGCCAUCGCCCGCUUCUGGGCUGCCUAUCUAGACGACAAGUUGUUCCCUUCUCUGAGAGAGUACCGCAUGGCGUCGGAGGAAGAAAAACCGGCUACACUGGAGAGGGUGAAGGAAGGGUUUUCCUUGUUAGAGGAAGCUUUUGUGAAAUCUAGCAAAGGGAAGACAUUUUUUGGAGGGGAGAAUAUUGGGUAUCUGGAUAUUGCGUUUGGAAGCUUGUUGGGAUGGGUGAAAGCAGGGGAGAAGAUGGCAAAUGUGAAGUUUAUAGAUGAAUCCAAUACACCUAAUCUUGUGGUCUGGGCAAAGAGUUUCCUUUUACAUGAUGCUGUAAUUGGGGUCAUACCGGAGACUGACGUGCUCGUUGAGUUGGCCAAGAAGUUUGCAGCCAUGGCAAAAGCUCAAUCUAAAAAUUAAAUAAUUAAUCUAAGUUUAUUUCAAAAUAAAUCAAAUAAAUUGUUGUAAUGUGCUUGUAUUUUCAGAGUGGGCAGUACUUAAUAAUAUUUGUGAUGGGUGUUAAUUAAAUCUCUCUU